AUGACAGAUACGACCAACACGACCGAUGCGACAAAUACUACAGACGCGACCGACACGACAGAUACGACCGACGCGACCGACACAACAAUCGCGACCGACACAACAAACGAAACAGACACGGCCGAUACGACAGAUACGACCGACACGACAGAUACGACAGAUACGACCGACACGACAGCCACGACUGAUACGGCCGACACGACCGCUACGACAAAUACGACAGACGCGUCCGACACGACAGAUACGAUGAUACGACCGAUACGACAGACGCAACCGACACGGCAGAUACGACUGACACGACAGACGCAACCGACACAACAAAUGCGAUAG